UGAAGUCCGCGGAGCACAUCUUGACCAUUGGAGGCCAUAACCUGGAAUUGGUGAAGUAACGGAAAGCUCGUCCGAAGCCAAUCGCAGAGCGACUCGCCUGAUACACUAGUGUGAGAUCUUGGCAAAGGGCAAACCCCGCUCCAAACCAUUCAUCCGACGCGUGAAGCAAAGUCAUUCAAUGAUGGCAGAAGAUAGCAGCGCCGAACAAGCGGAGAGUUCCUAUUUCACUCACGAGCCGCCACCAAAAGACUUGAAAACGAACACCACGCUUGCUCGCGAGUUCAUUAACCGCCAUGCCAACGACAAUCGCCGUCUUGUGCUUGUCACGUCAGGUGGUACCACCGUGCCUUUAGAGCAGCAGACGGUGCGCUUCAUCGACAACUUCUCUGCGGGAACUCGCGGUGCCACCAGUGCCGAGUAUUUCCUGCAGAAUGGAUACGCUGUCAUAUUCCUUCAUCGCCAAUUUUCGCUACUUCCAUACUCGCGGCACUAUUCGCAUAACACUCGGUCCUUCCUUGAUUACAUGAAGGAAGAAGAUGGACGUGUCACCGUUGACCAGCAACACCAGGAGCAGAUGCUGCACGUGCUGCGCCAGUAUAACGAAGCCAAACGCGAUAACACACUGCUUAUCUUGUCAUACGUUACUAUCACCGAGUACCUGUGGAACCUUCGCGAAGUCGCUCAAUUGAUGCAGCCCCUGGGGCCAACAGCCAUGUUCUAUCUGGCAGCUGCUGUGUCAGACUUCUUCGUGCCCCAAGACCGCAUGGUCGAGCAUAAGAUUCAGUCCAACGAGGAGUUCCUCCAGAAUGCCGAGGUUGGUGGGCACGGCAAAACACCUGCCGCUCGCACCGAAGGUCGGAGUCUUGUCAUUGACCUAGAGCCCGUACCUAAAUUCUUGAAGCAGCUCGUGGAUGGUUGGGCGCCAGAGGCUAUGAUUGUAAGCUUCAAGCUCGAGACCGACCCAUCGAUACUUGUCAAGAAAGCGCAGUACGCGCUUAACAAGUACUCGCACCACCUUGUCAUCGGCAAUCUGCUUCUCACACGAAAAUGGGAGGUCGUGUUUGUUUCCGUCCUUGAUGGCGAGAAAUGGAUUCGAGUGCCGUCGAAUCGCCGGACCAAGAGUUUCUCUGGUGUUCACUCACUUGUAGGCUCCGCGGACCAGCUGACAAAGACUGCAGCGGUCGAAGCUGACAGAUCGGUCAGCGGCCUGGGCAGCAUUCCAGUAGGCGAACCAGCAGUGGAGAUCGAGUCUCUGAUCAUACCGGAAAUUGAGACCAUGCAUACAAGACUUAUAGCACAAGCUAGGGGAUCAUAACAGUUCCUAUUAGACCACACGUUCAGAAUUGCUAUUUAUGGUUACUGAACAUGCGUCAACAAUAUGGUACAAGGUGAUUGUGCGGUUGAAAGUUUUAUUGCAGAUAGCAUCCCAACCGUCCUUCGUCCAUGACCAAGGUCUCUCGUCCUGAUCUCGUGUCAUUCAAAGACUCAAAUACAACGCGUCAAUAGGGUCUACGUAUUUCGAAAGACCAAGACACUAUCUCACUCGCCCUGUCCCAGUGGACCCUUACGAUUCCGACUACCAGGUCUGCUCAACAACUCGUGAAACAACAUUGGACGAAGCGCAGCUCGCAGUACCCAGCCUCUCGGCGGAUCUCAGAUCCCCAAGAAGCCGCCCUUUCAUGUGUGCACAGCCCAACGAGGACAUCGAAGGGCAUCGAAGCAGUGCGGGCUCGUCCGACAAGUCACAUCCACGUUUGUAUUCUGUCGUAGUCUUGAUCACGACCUAGCUG